UCUCCAUUGGCAAUCGCUCCCGCUUUCUCUCUCCUCCCCCCCGCUCUUUCUCUCUUUCUCUCUCUGGAAGACGCGAAGGAAAGAGACCCCUCUCUCUGGCAGGCACUGUGUUUCUCUCUCUAGCGCCCCUUUUUUUCUCCUUUUUCUCUCUCUACCUUUGAUGAGACCCGGGAGCGCGGGGGAGCGAUGUCGCUGAGACGGGCGUUACUCUCGCGGAAGUUCUCCAGAUCCUUCAAGGAGCUCAACGGCAAGGCCUCCCGGGAGGAGGCGGAGGAGGGCGCCGGGGGGGGGGGAGGGGGCGGCGGCGGCGGCGGCGGGGGCCGGGCGGAGCCGGAGGCCGCGCACGGCGAGUCAUGGGGGACAAUGCUGCCGGAGCUCCUCGAGAUCAUCCGCCGCGUGGAGGAGAGCGAGGACCGGUGGCCCCAGCGCCAGAACGUCGUCGCCUGCGCCUGCGUCUGCAAGCGGUGGAGGGACAUCACGAGGGAAAUCGUUCGGUCGCCGCUCCGCAGCGGCCAAAUCACUUUCCCUUCCUGUCUCAAGCAGCCGGGGCCACGGGAUUCUGCACAUCAAUGCCUUAUAAAGCGGGACAAGAAGACUUCAACUUUCUACCUUUCUCUCACCCUCAGCCCAUCAACGCCAGAUGAGGGGAAGUUUCUUUUAGCUGCUCGGAGAUAUAGGCAUGGUGCUCACACUGAGUACAUUAUUUCUCUAGAUGCUGAUGAUGUAUCCCAAGGAAGUAAUGCUUAUGUUGGGAAGUUAAGCUCGGAUUUUCUUGGUACCAACUUUACAAUCUAUGACAGCCAACCACCGCAUGAUGGUGCAAAGCCCUCAAGCAGCCGGGCGAGCCGCCGUUUUGCAAGCAAGCAAAUAAGCCCCCAGGUCCCAGCUGGCAACUUUCAGGUCGGGCAGGUCUCUUACAAGUUCAACCUUUUGAAAUCUAGAGGUCCGAGAAGGAUGAUCUGCUCGCUGAAUUGCCCUGUGUCAGUAGAAGCACCUAUCGAUAAACAGAUGGAUAAUGCCAAGAUGAUGAAAUCAGGAUCUCUCAACUCUGACUACACAAUUUUGAAAAAUAAAGCUCCAAGGUGGCAUGAGCACAUGCAGUGCUGGUGCCUGAACUUCCAUGGUCGCGUAACUGUGGCUUCAGUAAAAAAUUUCCAACUCGUUGCCAUAAUGGACCAAAGCCAGCCGGGUGGGAAAGGAGAUGAGGAGACCGUUCUUCUCCAAUUCGGGAAAGUGGGGGACGAUACUUUUACCAUGGAUUAUCGGCAGCCCUUGUCUGCCUUCCAGGCAUUUGCCGUCUGCCUUACCAGCUUUGGCACAAAAAUUGCAUGCGAGUAAAAUGUAAUUUUGCUAUAUGUAGGUUUGUCGUCAUCGCCGUUGUUUUGUAUAAUUAUGCACUUUUGUGUUGGUAUAAACAUGGUAUAUCCUAAGUUUGAUCCAAAGCAUAUAUGUACAUGAUCUAUGAAAAAUGAAUCGACUGGCUAAUGUCUAACUACAGAUGU